AUGAAACAAGAACCUAGUGUACUUGAAUGGAACUCAAAUAAGGAUAUUCUGGUCUUAAUCCUUGGAUGGGCUGGCGCUGCUGAUAAACACCUAAAGAAAUAUUCUGAACUUUACAAAAGCUAUGGAUUAUCUACCCUACGAUAUACUGCAUUUUUCGAUGGCUACAACCGAAAUAUCUACUGCUUGGCCCCUACAGAAAUCGACUCGCUACUUGACGAUUUUGCAAUCGUUUACAAUAAAAAGCACGUGAAAUUGAUUAUUCAUUCGAUGAGUAUGAAUGGGAUUAUGUGUCUGACAUCACUGAUGAAUUGCGGAAAAUUCCCAGACGUCUUUGAGCGUACAAUCGGCAUCGUAUUUGACAGCUGUCCAAUUUACGAAAACUCCCCUGGUGGAUAUCGCGAGGUGCUGAAUUUUCAAAUAGGCAAUUAUUUCGGAGACUCAUAUUUGGGGCAACUCAAAAAGACAGCAACCAUGUGGGUACUGCUAGGAAAGAAGGCGUAUGAUUACUAUGAGGUUAGUGGUGUAACCUUCGCCUCUAUGUAUUACCCUUACCGUACCUAUACUGAUUUUGGCGACACGAGCAAUUCACUUUCCGGAACCGGCAACAAUGCCAAUAAUAAUGCCGGAGCUACUAUUGCCCCUGGAUCUCAAAUCCAACGCGACACCCCCACUGGCGCUUGCACCACCGUCGACCCCUACUGGUGCCAAGAAUACGUAAAACAAAGCCUAGACUAUGAAACGAAAUUUGGCGGUCAAUCCCAGGCGCAAGUCUGCCAAAUGCUGAAGAAUUCCCUGGUUGAGGCGGUGAAUGGCUGUUGCCAGGCGUUGCGCGCUAACGGAUGCCCA